GUUGCUUAUUAUCCGUACCUACUGUGCAAUCAACGACCUUGAGCCCUGCCGCCCCCCUCCCCAAUGGAUCUUGCUGGACCCUGUCUGACAUAGCUCCGGUUUGCUUGCCAGCCAUUUUGUUAUACCCUCACACCCUCAGCAUUUGCUUCCACAUUCCAACGCGCCGAAACGCGUCAUCUGCUUGCCUCGGUUUUUUGUCGUUUCGUUUACAACAAUCAUCGCGAGAAUCCCCAUCUGUUUGAUCCAUUGGAGCUUUGGAUCAUAGCUGUCGUUGUCGCCGCUGACGACGCACUGCGCGUGCAGCAGCGCCCAACUUGAAUACCCAAUAUCACCUGUCCUCGAGUCACCGCCGGUGCCCACAUUCAUCCUGGAUUCCAAAAGGAAAGCCCCCGCGAGGAGGGGCGCCCAAUCCUCAUCCACCAUGCCGCCUCCAGGCCGACCCGGCGCCGUCGGUCGCGCAAGCAUACGAGCCGGUUCGACCACACGCGCCCCCAGUGUCAGGCCCCCGAGCGCCGCCACCGUCACGUCUCGAUUCGACAGGUCCGGUGCUGCCUCACGCGCCGAGACUGCCUCGUCCUCCAGGGCAUCUCCGGCUGCAGGCAUGAAGCGCAAGGAACGCGACUUCGAGACGGAUUUCAAUGUCGAGACAAAUAUCAAUGUCGUGGUGCGAUGCAGAGGCCGCAACCAUCGCGAGGUCGGCGAAAACAGCGCUGUUGUUGUCCGAACAAACGGCGUCAUGGGACAGCAUGUCGACCUGUCCAUGGGGCCAAACGCACUGAGCAACAAGACCUAUGCUUUUGACCGUGUCUUCUCGCAAGCAGCAGACCAGUCCAUGGUCUUUGAAGACGUGGUCAAACCGAUCCUGGGAGAUAUGCUUGCUGGCUUCAACUGCACUAUCUUUGCUUAUGGCCAGACCGGCACUGGCAAGACCUAUACCAUGUCUGGUGACAUGACCGAAUCAUUGGGUCUCCUCGCCCCAGAGGCCGGAAUCAUCCCCCGCGUCUUGCAAGCUUUGUUCAACAAGCUCGAUUCCGACGGCAUCGAGAACUGUGUUCGCUGUUCGUUUAUUGAACUUUACAACGAGGAGCUUCGCGACCUGCUUACUCCGGACGAGAAUGCAAAGUUAAAGAUCUUUGACGAAGUCUCAAAGAAGGGCCACAUGACAACAGUGGUACAAGGAGUGGAGGAACGAAACAUCACCAAUGCGGCAGAAGGUAUCGCUCGAUUGCAGGAAGGAAGUUUGAGGCGACAAGUCGCCGCGACUAAGUGCAACGACCUGAGUAGUCGGAGUCAUACCGUCUUUACCAUCACAGUCCAGGCCAAACGCCCAGGCGGGAGUGGCGACGACUUCAUCAGCCUCGGGAAGCUGAACCUCGUUGACCUUGCUGGAAGCGAGAACAUCCAGCGGUCCGGAGCCGAGAACAAGCGUGCUGCAGAAGCCGGCCUGAUCAACAAGAGCUUGUUGACGUUGGGUCGCGUGAUCAAUGCACUCGUCGACAGAAGCCCUCACAUCCCAUACAGAGAAUCAAAACUUACCCGACUCCUACAGGACUCGCUGGGCGGAAGGACAAAGACAUGCAUCAUCGCGACCAUAUCACCUGCCAAGAGCAACCUCGAAGAGACCAUCUCCACGUUGGAUUACGCGUUUCGGGCAAAGAAUAUCAAAAACAAGCCUCAGGUCAAUGCCCUCAUCAACAAGAUGGCACUGUUGAAAGAGUUUACGGCCGAGAUUGAGAAACUCAGGACCGAACUGAUCGCUACACGGUUACGCAAUGGUGUCCAUCUCACCAAUGAGGCGUACGAGGAAAUGACUGCUCAAAGCGAGUCCCGUCGUAUCCUUGCCGAUGAGCAAGCUGCCAAGAUUGUCACACUGGAGUCGAAUCUGCGCAACAAAGUGCAAGAGCUCUUCACCAUGACCUCGAGCUUUGUGGGGCUCAAGAAGGAUCACGACGGCACGAAAGCACAACUUGACGAAACACAGGGCGUUCUCGACCAGACAGAAUUAGUUUUGGCAGCGACACGGAAGAGCCUUGCCGAGGAGACUCAACUUCGUGAGGCCCACCAGGAGACGGAAGCAAAGCUGACAGCUAUGGGAGGAGAGCUCAUCGAUACCCUCAACAGAACCGUCAGUGAUGUGAGCAGCCUGCGAGCUAAGAACAAGAGGAAGUCGGAUUUGCAAGAUCUGAAUCGAAGCACAUGGGCCAUUUCGCAGUCUCAGGUAUCCGAUGUCACCGAGCUUGUCGAGAGUCGUGUUCAGGAUUUUCGAGCCGACCAAGAGAAUCAUAUCUCUGGCGUUUCGCAAAGAAUGCAAGACUUCGUCAGGGAGGAAUUACAGAAGUUGUCGGCUACCCAGUCUUUCCUCGAUGAGAAUCUCGAAAAGUUUGUCGCGUCAAGAGAUGAGCUCAUAGAGCAAAAGCAGCAGUCCAAGGAUGAAAUGGACAACGUCUUGGAAGAGAUCAAGGUCGUCAGAGAUAACAUCAAGGAGCGGGUUGGGGAGAGUCUCCAGGCAAUCGCUGCAGCUGCUGAGAGGAUAGCUGCCGAUGUGAUGAGUGAGCUUGAUACGUUCCACUCUCACCUUCACACAUCUUAUAGCUCUCUUGGCAAAGACUUCAAGAACAUCUUCGAGGACAUGCUUCGUCACAUUAGUGUGCAACGGAGCGAGUCAGAUUCCUUGAGGAGACAGCUGGAGGAUGCAAGUCAAGCCAUGCUGCGAUCAAGCGAGUCCACUUCUGCCCAGAUUGAAACCGUUGUCAACGAGGAGAGAAGACAAGCAGCGGAAGACCGGCAGCAGCUCCUCGCACAGAUCACAACACUCAUCAAUGCCCACGCCGAGCAGCAGGAGACUCGACUGGCUGGCAAGGCUGCCAUGAUCCAAAAACGCGUCAAGGGCGCCACAGAAACGUUCGAAGGACAAGUCACCACAUACUCGGCAGGUAUGGACGAGUGGGACUCGAAUGAGGAGAAGAUGCUACAAGACGUAUCCGAGUCUCGUGACGUACUGAAGACCAAACUUCAAGAUGACUGGACUGCGGCGAGUGGCCACAGCACCUCGAUCCAGAACACCACGAAAUCAGUGCAUGCCGAGACAGUCCGUGUGGUAGAUGAACAGAUGAAAGACCUGAACAUGCAAAUGACGGCCCUAGACGACUUUGUAACUCGAGCUCGGUCGGAAAACGCUGGGCAUCACGCGCAACACGAGGCCUCGAUGGCUAAUCUGUCGGAUACUGUGGAUGCUUCUUUCUCCAACAUAGCAUCCCACUACAAGGGCACGUCCGACAGAGUUCAAGACCUUGGGGAGCAGAUGAGCGCAGAGAUCGAAAAUCUACGCGAAGACCUGCAACCGCUCGACGACAGCCUCUGCCAGCCUUUGACCAAGCUGAGAGAGGAUAUUUCAAGCACUGCUCUCCGUGAAUACGAGCCCACCGGAGAGACACCUAAAAGGGUGGAAUAUCACUACCCUACCGUGCUGCCUCGUACUGCCGCUCGCGAUGUUCUCAUUGCUGGUGCCCACGAGACUCCUCUGCAGACACCGAGCCGGCCAACAGCUACACCGAGCAGGGCUACGCCAGUGCACCCUAUUUUCAAUGACAUUGACGCAUCUGAAGAAGCCAAGUCUCCAUCCCGACCAGCUUCCUCCGAUUCCGCCACCAAUCCAUUGAGCCAGAGUCUGCGAGAGGUCGAUACAAAUCUCACAACCACCGGGCUGGUAUUUGACCCAGCUGCAAGUACAAUGUCGACCGUUCUUUCGGCGGACGACAACACCGUACCUCUUGUCAAAAAGACCACGUCUAGGAUACCGUCUAAGCAGAUGAAGAAGGUGCACCUGGACGGCGUUGAAAACAUGCCGCCAUCAGAGUUCUCUCAUGGUACGCGACGACGGAAGAGCGCCCGUCUGCGCUAAUGCGAUGACUCGAUGAAGGCCAGUUGUGCAGGCCAGCCACGGCUUAUUUUCUAUGUUUGAUAUUUGCAAGGAGCUUCUUCGUGGCGGCAAAUCGGCGCGCAUAGGGACUUGAAGAGCGCGGGGACGGAAUUGAUCGAAUACAUUGUGCGAAUGCAGGUUGCUGAACGGCGCUGUGUAGGUUUUACUCAGUAUACUCGAUACCCCUGAGCCAAGCUCAGUUGUUUCUGGGCUGCUCACUUGAAUGGACUGUUUCAAAUUA